AUGGCUAGUGGUAUAAAACGUAAAGCGCUAACGAUUUCGGACAAACUCAACAUUUUGAAAAAGUACGAUGAAGGAUUGGCUGAGAAAAAAAAACAAAAAGAUAUUGCUAAUGAACUGGGGAUACCUCCUUCCACUUUAAGAACUUUAUUGAAAAACAGACAUGAAAUAGAACAAAGCAGCUUGUUAGGUGGCAGCAAACGACAAAAAUUAAAACACGGGAAGUAUGAAGAGUUGGAAAAUAUUUUAUUGGAGUGGUUUCAACAAGCUCGUAGUUUAAAUUAUCCAAUAAAUGGAGGUAUAAUCACGGAAAAGGCGAUGGAGAUUGCCGCACGUCUCAACUUAACCGAAUUUAGUGGAUCGACUGGUUGGCUGGAUAGAUUUCGGAGUAGGCAUAGCAUUGUGUACCGGCAAAUAUCAGGUGAGGCUGAAUCUGUUAAUAAUGAUGAUAUAGCUUCAUGGAAAAAUAACGUGUUGCCUUCAUUACUGCGUGACUAUGCUCCUGACGAUGUAUACAACGCUGAUGAAUUCGGAUUGUUUUUUAAGCUUAUGCCAGAUAAGUCUUUUGUUUUUAAAAAUGAGACAUGCCAUGGUGGAAAGUUGAGCAAGGAACGUCUCACGGUUUUAGUAUGUACAAAUUCUACCGGAACCCAUAAAUUGAAGUUUAUAAUUAAUUUUUAA